CAUGUCUGCUGAAACUGAGUUUUCGAUUGUCUUGCUUUUGUCCUUUGAAGCUUUGUGGUUAUUUCCAAUUGCUUAUUUAUAGUCUUAGUCUAAUUUAUUUAUACUUAAAAUUUAUAGUAGUCUCUUUCAUAUGAUCUCUAAUUAAUAAUUUUUUAUCAAAGGAAUCAGGCUCAAUAAACAAUAUACAACAGCUUGUCCCAUUUUAUAAUAUUAUGAUUAAAUUUCAUAGAGUUAAUGCAAUACAUUAUGGAAAAUCAAAUAAGAUGUUUUGAAGAUAUUUUUACUGAAGUUUUUAAAACCGAUAAAAUAGUUACCGAUACAUCAUCUGACCAGGUUGAUGUGGAAACUACGGUACUUAAUAUUUUUAAACAAUUUGAGAAAAAUGCCUCAGUUAAUCCAGAUCUACCAAAAUUGAACAGGCAUGCACAUAGUAAAAUAUUAAAUAAUUGGCUAAAAGGGUUACAUAAGAGCUAUGAAUGCUUAGAUGCCAGUAGAACAUGGUUAGUUUACUGGAUAUUACAUUCAUUAUGGUUACUUAAUGAAUUGCCUGAUGCUGAGACUAUGUCACAUAUUGUGCAGUUUCUAUCUCAUUGCCAACAUGAAGAGGGUGGGUAUGGUGGUGGACCUGGGCAAUAUUCUCAUCUCGGUACAACAUAUGCUGCAAUUAAUGCCCUUAGCAUUAUUGGAACUGAUGAAGCCUAUGACUCUAUUGAUAGAAGUUCUUUACAGAAGUUUUUAUGGACACUUAGAGAUGUUGAUGGCUCUUUUGCUCUACAUAAGGGUGGAGAGCAAGAUAUAAGAGGUGUAUACUGUGCUCUCAGUGUAGCCAAGAUUACAAACAUAUAUACAGAUGCCUUGUUUGAUAAGACAGCGGAGUGGCUAGUUAGUUGCCAAACUUAUGAAGGAGGGUUUGCAGGAUGUCCAGGCAUGGAAGCACAUGGAGGUUAUGCAUUUUGUGGUAUUGCUUCACUAGCUCUACUGAAUAAAUCUAAUCUGUGUGAUGUUGAUGCAUUGCUACGUUGGUGUGUGAAUCGUCAAAUGCGUCUGGAGGGUGGAUUCCAAGGGAGAACAAAUAAACUUGUAGAUGGCUGCUAUUCUUUUUGGCAAGGAGCAGCUUUUCCAAUUAUUAGUGCAAUUCUUUCUCAAGACAAUAAAGAAAUUAUUGAAACAGUGUUUUUCAAUCAAGGUGCCUUACAAGAAUAUAUACUCAUUUGUUGCCAAGCUCGCGAUGGUGGUCUUAUUGACAAACCUGGAAAACUCCGAGAUAUAUACCACACUUGUUAUGCAUUAAGCGGAUUGUCUGUGGCUCAGCACGGAACCGGUGCGGGCGAUCCCUUUGUUGUGGGCACUCCUCGCAACGAACUGAACAGAGUUCACCCCUUGCAUAAUGUCGCACCACAUCUAGUUUAUAACGCAUUACAUUAUUUUAUUAGACAUCCACCUCCAGUUAAAGAUAAAAACUAGCUAGGUUGCUGUUUGUUUGACACUUAAUUGUAAUUCCUAUUUUCUAUAUCACAUACAAAAUAUAGUAUUCCUAUUAAUAUGUUAGAAAUUGCAAUGUAUAUAUUUAUAAGUACAUACAUUUUAUUUUUAAUAUUACAAUCUCAG